AAAUUGUUGAUAUUGUAAUCGAAAACAAAUAGUGGCCAGAAACAAUGCUUGACCAUAGACUGACAGCUGACAGCUGUUUAAAAAAAUAUACGUGACAAAAACCGAGCGCAAAAUAUAAAAAUCAUUGAUAUCAAUUUUAUUAUCUGAAAUAUCAAUAGUGCAAAAUGAUGAACAUUUCUUUUUACCAAUAAAGUGUGCUAUUUAGAUUGGACACUAAAUAAUGAGUGUAUAUUUUAUGUACUUGACUUUUGUGAUUUGAUUUCUAUGAUGUACAGUUUAAAAGGCAUAUUUCCAGAGCCAAAAAAGGAACAGAAAAAAAAUUUUAUCCGUGAAAACAUGAAACAACUAAAGUUUAUACAGGGCAAGUCGCCAAAAGAACCUAGAUUUCAAUUAAAAAAUGUUCACGGUACGCGACCGAGCAACCCGACGCCGAUGGGUAGUUCCUUAAGCCAAGUUAAAUCAUCACCAUCAAAUAAGAGCGGGAAAAUUACACUAAAUGUUUCUAAAGCUAACUCAAUGAACUCUCGUAAGAAACACCCUGAUGUGAGAAUAAAGAAAGGUGAUAUGGCAGAGUUCUUAAAGAGGAAAGAGUUGAGACAAACCAGACCCGAAGGUGACUUAUUAGAUGAUGAUGAAAAGUCUUCAGAAUCAUCUGGCCGUUUACGGGAUGUCGCUUGUCAGACGGUGGAAACAAAUUUAGCACAGAAAUUGGAAAGUGCAAAGUUGACAGUGCUGUACCCUAAAGAGAGUGAAGAGGAGGCCAAACUGAAAGCAAGUGGUGAUAGUGGACACCACAGAAGUCCUGCGUCCUCACCACAUAGACGUAACACUGAUGAUCUGGUAGAAAUGGAGCGUAAUCGUAGUAGACUAAACUCUAUUCUGGAGAGGAAAGACAAAGACCCAUAUUUGCCCUCUGGUUAUCAGAAAGGUGUUGUACCAAAAUACAUAAGAGAACGCAAGGACCAGAUUACCAAAGAAUUGGAAGCCUCAAAGGUUGAAGAUGACCACACUCUAUGUCCGCCCGGCCAUGUGACACUCCCAGACACUGAGAGGAAGGAAACUUUGCGCAUGCUUAGAAAUAGUUUUGCAGAAUUAGUAAGUGAAUUAAACAAAAUGCCAGUCAAGACUGAUACAUUGAGAAUGAGAAAUAGAAAAAUGGAAUUAGAAAAGCAGCUUGCCAAGUUGGAAGAGGGUAUCAAAGUGUUCUCGAGGCCAAAGGUUUUUGUCAAGAUUGGAGAAUAGAACCAACUCUAUGGUUGUCUCCAGUUGUAAUUACCGUACCAUUGUACCUCAUACCGUCCAGUUAAAUCAAAAUUUAAUGUUUACAAAAUUCUUGUGAUCUCCAUAUAAAUAAGAUAAUUCAUUUUGUUGUAUGUUAGAUUAUAAUUAAUUAAUAAUAUAUGUUGAAUAAUAUUGUUGUAAUUAAUAUAAUGAGAUAAAGUUUGUAUGGUUUACAGUGUUU